UCCUUGCAUUGGGCAUGUACAGUUGAAAAACCACAUUGAGUCUGAAUUGAAAAUCAAUGUAAGUAUUAGCAAAGUUACAAGAGCACUUAGGUUAGUGCUAAAAAAAAUUAACGCAAAUUUUGGGGAUCAAUUUAGAAGAAUAAGGGACUAUGCACAAGAGUGUAUAAACUCUAACCCUGGCAGCAAAGUUCUUCUCAAACCAGUAUGAUUAUACCUGAGAGUCCUUGUGUUUUCCAGAGAAUUUAUGUAUGUUUAGAGGCUUUGAGAAGGGGUUUCUUGCAUGGAUGUAGGAGGAUAAUUGGACUAGAGGAGUGUUUUCUUAAAAGGUUGCUUAAGGGAGAGAUUUUAACUGCAGUGGGAAGAGAUGCAAAUAAUCAGAUGUACCCUAUUGCAUGAGCUGUGGUGGAGAUUGAGAACACAGAUUCUUGGAGAUGGUUUAUCAAGCUGCUUAAAAAUGAUUUGGGAAUCACCAACACCUACCCCUGGACCAUUAUUAGUGACCAAUAGAAGGGUUUAACUACUGUUAUCCAAGAGUUAUCUCCUGAUUCGGAGCAUCGUAAUUGUGCAAGACAUAUUCAUGCAAAUUGGAGUAAGCGCCAUAAAAGAAAGGUUUUAAAGAACCACUUCUGGAUGUGCGCUAAGUCAACAACAGAAGGACAAUUUCAUGAACAACUUAAAGCUUUACAAAUGAGAGACAAAUAUGCUAAAGCUGAUCUAGAGCGAUAUCCUCCUAAGUUUUGGUGCAAGGAGUAUUUAAGAACCAUAGUGAAAUGUGACAUUAUAGAUAACAACCUUUGUGAGGCAUUCAAUGGAACAUUGGUGAAGGCAAGAUGCAAGCCAAUUAUUCCCAUGCUUGAAGACAUUCGAGUAGGUUCUAGGAGAAGGAUUGCAAGAAAGAUGAAAUCUAUUGACACUUGGAAAGGUAGAUAUGGACCAUUUAUAAUGAAGAAAGUGACUGAAAAUAAAAAGGAAAGCAUUGGAUGGAAGGUUCAUUUUAAUGGAGAUGAUGGAUAUGAGAUUAAGAAAGGGCGACAUCAGUUCAAAGUCAAGCUUUAA